CACCACUAAGACAAAAAAGCAAAGCAAACUACUUUAAUCCUUGUCUAUUAAAAACGCAUCUGAUUCUUCAUUCUUCCUUCCCCUUCUCUCUCACUACCUACUACUCCUAAGCAAAACAAACAAUGAGUUUCUUCAUCGAAGAUUCUGGUCUCAUCGUCACUCAACUCCUCUACCAAAUGGCUGUCUUAAUCACCCUCUUGAGAUGGAUCUUUACUUGGAUCUUACGCUACCGAUCCAGAUCUACCUCCUCUUCCUCAUCUACUCCUCCGAUCUCGUCACAGGCCAUCAAGGAGAGCCUCGCCGUGACGACGUUCCGUGACGCCGGGGAUCGGUCUCCGGAGCUGAUCAGCGACACUUGCGCGGUGUGUCUUGGAGAUCUGGAAGACGGGGAUGAGGUCAGAGAGCUCAGAAACUGCAGCCACGUGUUUCACCGAGAGUGUAUCGACAGGUGGCUGGACUACGAGUGCUGCGGCGGUGAUGAUAGCGACGGGGAGGAAGAUAACCACCGCACGUGUCCUCUUUGUAGAACUCCGCUUCUUGCUGCUAAUACGUCGUCGUGUGGAGAUUGGCCGGUUAAGAACGAACCUAGCUGGGCCGUUGAGCGGCUUCUCUACCUCUUCGGAGAUGAUCUUCUUGUCUGACUUUUUUAUUUUUGUUUUAUUUUAUUUUUCUUUUUAAUAUUUAUUUCAUUUUAGUGGAGAUCGAAAUUAGUUGGUCAAGUUUUGUAAAUUGGGAAUUUAAAGGGUAGAAUAGCAAAUAUAAUAUAUAUCAGUUUUAAACAUA